AUGACUUCGGCCCAAAGCGCGGUGGUCAUUGCCUCAAAACCCGAGCUACUGCGCACCAUUGUUAGCUUUAUUGCAUGCGGGACCACACUGCACGCGCUGCUUGACGCGUGCGACCGGAAGGACCUCGAUGCCACGUGGCGGAGCUUUCUACGCCUCGUCGCCGAGUGGUCGUUGCCGCCUACUGACCUCUGGCCGGUUCUACAGUACGAUGCCAUGCGCCACGAGCUUGGCCACCGCGUCUGGACAGACUCUGACACCCAAAGCCUCUGGGGGAGCGACAUCGACACGUACUUUCGCUGCAACAAGACCAUCGACGCCAUGCGCAGAGUCCACAAAAACGUGGUCGACGGUAUCUCUGUCGGGUGGAUGGCGCCAGCCACAAUCAACAUCGCGCGAGGCGUUUGGACGAGCUGCACGCUGUAUCUGCAGGCCAAGGCCACGGCGCUCGACAUCGCUCGCCUUGCUGCCGCGUUGGCGUCGGCGUCGGCUCUGCGCGCGGUGAGUGUCAUCGCGCCUCAGGUGCGAUAUACGAUCGAGACCAACCCGCCGAUGCACGUCUUUGGCGACGUUCUCUUCCCGCCGUCGCUCGAGCCGGCCGUGUGGCGGGCGCUGCUCCAGUCGCACGUCGUGGACCUGCGCCUCGUCGGUGGCAGCUUCUUAGCGACCUCCGAUGGCGUCAAGCGCCUUAUUCAAUGGCUCUCGACGCGACCAGUGAUGCGUUUGCACUUGUCCGAUGUCCACGUCAGUGCUAUCGACGCCGCGGCACUCGCGACAGCACUGCGCAACUGCACAACGCUGCGGGAACUUGAGCUCGGGUAUGACAAGGAUCUUGUGCCAGCGUUCUUGUCGCAGCCGCUGCCACGUCAUUUACGCCGUCUACGUCUUUUCAAGAGCGAACCGACAAGCCCGCACUCGCGGGACAUAACCAUGGCCGACCUCGAUGGACGCGGCAGCUUGGUCGUCGACGCUGUUGCCUUCGCCCACUUGACGCACUUUUCAAUGGACGCGAGCAAUCUCGACGCGACAGAUAUUGUUUUGAUUUCAACCGCUGCGCUCAAGCUCCCACGGCUCUCGCAUCUCAACAUCUCGAAGACACCGCGUGGGUUCUCUGCCACCGCCUCGCUGAACAAUACGAUGGAGAUGACCGUCCACUCAACAAAGACCCUCACGACCACGGCUCUCGGCGAUUCCAUCUCGCGCCCGUACGCGGCAGCGACACACCUCGACCCCGCGGUCAACGGCCCGCUAGACGCUACCGCGUCGCUGCUCAACUAUUGCCUCCACGAUUACGCUUAA